AUGGAUCAUUACGACGGCGUUAACCGGAGGAGGAGAUCUGCACGGCGUCAUCAGACCAACGAUCGUGAAACGAAUCGCCCCAACGAGACGACUCAGACGACGAUGACCAACGGCGACGACUGCGCACAUGCUUUACGUGACAUCGAUGAGUAUCUCUCGCUAAGCUUGGGCUCGAAAUCGUACUUCUCUCAUCAGAUCCCUCCGGCGGCUAAUCCGUCGCUUCGUCUAGCACCACCGUCGCCUUUUGCUGAACCUAUGAAGACCACGUGGGAAACAACACAUGAUGAGAUCUUUGGGAGUUCGUUGGCUUAUACUUCUUCGCCUUACACAUCGUAUCUUCCACCACCAUCGUGGCUGAGCAGAUCUCAUGGAUUAUUUCCAUCGCCGAUUCCGCCUCCGACGACGACGGUUGAUCGCUUCUCCCUCGUUCUUCCGCCGAAUCUAACCGCUCAUCAGGAGAUGGGACCAGCGAUGAUGAUGACGAACACCGCGCCGCCGCCCGUUCGUAACUACAGAUCAGAACCCGCCGUGAAUCAAAAUGAGAAGCCCGAGACGAUCCCGCCGCCGUUUCCAUGGGCGACGAAUAUACGAGGGGAGAUUCAUAGCCUAGAGUAUCUCGAGUCGAAAGAGAUCACGACCAUCACCGGGGAGGUUCAGUGCAGACACUGCGAGCAAGUGUACGAGAUGAGCUACGAUCUGAGGGAGAAGUUCGCGGCGGUUGAGAAGAUCUUCGUGAUGAUGAAAAGGAUCAUGAGGGAACGAGCUCCUCAGAUGUGGACAAACCCUGAGCAAAGGAGGUGUGAGCUUUGUGGCCGUGAGAAAGCUGUGAAGCCUGUGAUUGCUGAGAGGAAGAGUCAGAUCAAUUGGCAGAUCUGA